ACACUGCAGCACACUGACAGGUAUUGACACGAUUCUCUACAGAUGGCGUAGAAGAGAGUGCUCGUAAAAUUCCUACCUACAUAUAAUAAUAAAGCAUAUUAACCUUAAAACAGUGAAGAGUCGAGAGCCAGAAGUGCGAGUGGACAGCGAAUGAAGGAUGGCGGGUGUGUUCGAUAUUGACCUGGAGACGGAGGACGUGAGCGAUCCGGAGGAUGAAGUUUGUAAUUUUACAGUGGCAGAAACAGAACCCACAGAGACAGAGGAGGUGGAGCUCACUAGUGCUAGUGUGAACAGGGACAGUGAGCGAAUUGGACCAGACUGCUUUGAACUGCUCACUGUUUUGGGAAAAGGAGGCUAUGGCAAGGUGUUCCAGGUCCGGAAGGUGCAAGGAAGUCAGACUGGAAAAAUAUUUGCCAUGAAAGUUCUGAAAAAAGCAAAAAUAGUGUGCAGUGCAAAAGACACCGCACACACACGGGCCGAGCGAGAGAUCCUGGAAACAGUCCGUCACCCGUUUAUUGUGGACCUGUGGUACGCCUUCCAGACUGGCGGAAAACUCUACCUCAUACUGGAGUGCCUAAGCGGUGGUGAGUUGUUUAUGCAGUUAGAGAAAGAAGGGAUUUUUAUGGAGGACACAGCCUGCUUUUAUCUAGGGGAGAUAACCUUAGCGUUGGGUCACCUCCAUUCCAAUGGGAUCAUUUAUCGAGAUCUGAAGCCGGAGAACAUCAUGCUUAAUUAUGAAGGCCACAUUAAGCUGACUGACUUUGGCCUGUGCAAGGAAUCCAUCCAUGAUGGCACCAUGACACACACAUUCUGUGGCACCAUAGAGUAUAUGGCUCCAGAGAUUUUAAACCGCUCAGGACACAACAGAGCCGUGGACUGGUGGAGCCUUGGUGCUCUGAUGUUUGACAUGAUGACCGGCUCGCCUCCUUUCACGGCAGAAAACAGAAAGAAAACCAUUGACAGGAUUCUGAAGUGUAAGCUGAACCUUCCCCCCUACCUUACACCUGAUGCUAGAGAAUUGAUCAAAAAGCUUUUGAAGAAGAACUCAGGUCAGAGACUCGGCUCUAGUAAGGCUGAUUGUGCAGACAUACAGAGGCAGCCAUUCUUCCGGCACAUCAAUUGGGAUGAUCUGCUGAAUAAGCAAGUGGAGCCUCCCUACAAGCCUUCAUUGCAAUCUGAUGAGGACGUGAGUCAGUUUGACAUUCGCUUCACCAAACAGACUCCGGUGGACAGUCCUGACGACACCACACUGAGUGACAGCGCUGAUCACGCGUUUGCUGGCUUCACCUAUGUGGCCCCAUCAGUUCUGGAUAGUCUGAAGGAAGGAUUUUCAAUAGAGCAGCGGCCACGGCAUGCCCGCAGACACAACAGCAGCCCACGAACACCAAUCAGUCCACUCAUCGAACCCUUUAAAAGCAGUAUUGAGGAGGAGCCUCCUGUUCCAGCCCCACCCCUUCCCACUGAAAAUGGUGCCACCAAACCUAUCAGAACACCAGGACGCAACAAGAAGAAAGGUCACCGGGGUGGCAAAUAAAACUGUUAGUCAGCC